AGAACUACACAGAAUAAGAAGCAGGAGCCAAGAACUCCCUCAAUAGUGCAAUCUCAACCAAUGGUGAGCGUGAAAGAAGAGAAGAGUCACUCUUCACCGGCAAUCCGAAAUGAGGCAUUUAGCCCUUCAGUGCGCCAGGAAUCAUCAAAGCAGAGGGAGGGAAGCAAACCACCUCCGCACCUUGGACACAGACCAGAGAUGAAACAAAUCGAAGUUACUGGGCCAGUGAUUCGACCUCCAGAGCAUGGCACACAGCCUUCCCCUCAGGACAAGGACAAACAGAAACAACAAAAACCCAAAACUCCUGUUGCUCCCAAAAAAGAUCUUAAGAUCAAGAACAUGGGCUCUUGGGCAAGUCUGGUCACAAAGGCUCCUUCUAAUCCUUCCUCCACGGCAAAAUCUUCGAGCGACAGCUUUGAGCAAUUUCGGCGGGCAGCACGGGAGAAGGAGGAGAGAGAAAAGGCACUGAAAGCACAAGAGGAGUUCCGUAAAAUGCAACAGGAGGCAGCUGAGAAAGAGCGUCUCCGAAUGGAACAGGAGAGACAAAGAGGCCGAGACGAAGAGGAUGCUUUAGAGUGUGCUCGGAGAGCUCAUGAGGAGGCGAGAAGGCAGCAGCAGCAGCAGCAACAACAACAACAGCAGCAACAGCAACAACAGCAGCAGCAACAACAGAGCUCUCAGCCAACCUCUCAAUCUAUGCUGGAUCAGCAGAGAGAGCUCGCAAGGAAGCGAGAGCAGGAACGAAGGCGGAAGGAAGCGAUGGCGGCUACAAUUGACAUGAAUUUUCAGAGCGACUUAAUGGCAAUAUUCGAAGAGAAUCUCUUCUGAGGGCUCCUGAUGCUGGAUAUCCUGACUCUUGAAAGUACUACGAAACUGUUUUCCAUGAGUUACGUGGCACCGUAGUGUUUCAGCCAGGUUCUUGGUGCACGGUCUUUCUGCAUGUGUGACCCAGUGAGUGAGCGAAUCAUUCAGUCAAUGCCUUGAAUGGAUGGACGGACAUGGAUGGACAAAAGUCUGCCUUACAUUUAACCCACAAUAUAGGAAUGAACAAAUAGACAAAACAAAACUUAUCGAUGUUGUGUAGAAAACACGUGCACAACUGUGCAUCCAGCUUUCCGAAUGAUACUACUGUAAAGGGGGGGAGGGGGGGUUGUACCCAUUAGCUGCAAGGCUGUCCUCGCCAAGCUCCUUCACUAUGUAAGAAAAGACACCGUAACAUUCUGAUGUAUCCAAUCAAACAGGGUUUCACUGUUGCUGCGUGAGGGCCCUGUUUGCUAAACGGUUUCUCUGCGUUGGUUCUGUAAAUCUAGUGAGUCUCCUUCACUGCUAAUAAGAGGAGAAGAGGGUAAUGACAUAGUAUAUUUAAAAAAAAAACUGGUUGGGUGAAUACCUCUGUAAUUGGGAAAACCGGGCCCUUCACUAAGUCACAACAGUAUAAUCUGGAUGGACUAUUUAAGCAGUGCGACUUUGUGUUCAUUACUUUUUUUAUUUACAGUGCAUAGUGCUGUCUGCAGAUUUUGUUUAUCUACAGAGUUUCCAGUUACUAGGCUCAUUGUGUUCUGACAAGCCAUGUGAUGGUUAUGACAAUACAAAAAAGGGAAAAAAUAAUCGUAUGUUGGAGGUUAUGAGUUAAAACAGCAGUCCCAUCAAAAAACUUUUUUUGUUUUAAUUUCUUUUCUGCAGUGUUUGGGAUCAAAGCUGGACUACCAACCAAAGUAGGUGAAAUUGUUUGUCUCGUUACCUCAGGAGAUACGAAUGUUGAAUGGCACUGCUGAAACUGUUUUGUACUGUUGUCCCUCUGAAUAGUAGAGAUACAAGAGCCGACUUUCUUUUCUGCAAGUAACCAGAGGUUUAAGCUGCCCUUGAAUAGUGUUUGACCGAUGCUGUAUAGUGGGUAUAAUUGGUGUGACGCUUAAAACUUGUUAAAUGUUUUCUGUAAUUAAACACUUACUUUAUUCAUGUAGCAGACUUUCAGUACUCUUUGGAGGCCCAGGUGUAAGUUUUAUCGUAAAUGGUCGAUUCUGGGCUUUCCUUUCUUUUUUCUUCAGAGGGGUGUACAAAAUAUACAAGCUGUUUCUGUGCAAGUGUCUCAUUCGUAUUUGCUAAAAGCAUCAAGUGAAGUGCUGGCUCUCCUAGUUAACUCCACAGCAAGAAUUAGACGAGUGAUUGUUUUAUUAUUAUAUGGCAAGAUUUAAAUUAAUGUACCAUUCCUCGUCUUUGCCUUUAAAUAUAAUUUUAUUUUUUCAGCUGUUUUUAACCUUUUUUCCUUUUUUAAAAUGAACAUUUUAAUGUGCCAAAAUACCCACUAUACAGUACCAGCAGAUCCAGUGUUGGCAAGUACCUCGGUUUAGAAUCGGUUUUACUGAAAGGCAGAAAAAUUGCAUUUGGUCUGUAUCAAUUAAUGAAUAAACACACCUUUUAUACAA